CCGGAGAGGAGGAGAGGGGAGGAGGAGAGCAGAGGGAGAGGGGGAAGAGGACACAGAGGAGGAGGGAGAGGAGGGCUCCUGAAAGUGUCUCAGAGCGAUAGACAGUCAGGCACCUCCCACGCCACCUCAGGCCCCAGUGACGACCUUCAGGGGCGCCGCAGGCAGGGCACUGUGCCUCGCGGUAGGGAGAGAGGCAUCCUCAUCCUCCCUGCCCACACUGACCUCUCCAAUUUGCCGGCGGAGCCCGGGCCAAGGCUCCUGUUUGGUGGGAUUCGAGGAGGAAGAGAGGCGGGACUAGGGAGAGGAGGAGGAAGAGGCGGAGGAACAAGAAGACUCUGGGAUCCCAACAACCCCGACCAGAAACCCGCUCUCCGGCUCUCCCAGCAUGCCUCUCUCCAGCAGCAGCAGCCCAUGUACCUGCAGACGGGCGGCGGUUACGGAGCGCUGCACUUCCUGGAUACGGACGACGAGGCUGCAGGGAGUCCCCCGGUCCGCCAGGGGGAGCACUUCCACCCCCAGCAGCAGGCCGUAGCCAUGGCCCAGGCCUUCUACAAGUACCAGAACUCGGACAACCCUUACCCUUACAACGCCAACCCCAAUGCACGCUACCCAUACCCCUACCACACCAUGCCCACCGGCCCCUACCAGAUGCCCCCCACCAACGGCAUUUACCCGGCCCAGUUCUAUGGGGAGUACAGGGGCCAGGGGUAUCAGACUGGGGCUGGAUCCGGAUCCGGGGCUGCAGCUGGAGCAGGUCUGACACCAGAGGAGGUGGAGCAGCAGGCCAGGGGAGAGCUGGGGAGACUGCUGAGGACUGCAGACAGCCAGGAGUUACAACUCAGUAACCUUCUAUCUAGAGACAGACUCAGUGCUGACGGACUGGACCGCAUGGCUCAGCUCAGAGCUGACCUGUUGACCCUCUAUGAGCGGGUGAUCCUAACAGACAUAGAGUUCAGUGACAGUCAGAACCUGGACCAGGCUCUAUGGAAAAACAUCUUCUACCAGGUUAUAGAGCGCUUCAGACAGCUCCUCAAAGACCCCAGCGGAGACUCAGCCCCGCGCAUCACCAUCAUGCUGUUCACUCUGCUGGACGAGGGGGCGGUAUUCUUUGAUGCGCUGCUGCAGAAGCUUCAGACGGUGUUUCAGUUUAAACUGGAUGAUUACAUGGACGGCAUGGCCAUCAGAGCACGUCCACUACGCAAGACGGUGAAGUAUGCUCUGAUCAGCGCCCAGCGGUGUUUGAUCUGUCAGGGGGACAUCGCCCGUUACCGGGAGCAGGCCAGCGACUCGGCUAACUACGGCAAGGCCCGCAGCUGGUACCUAAAGGCCCUGCAGAUUGCUCCUAAGAAUGGACGACCUUACAACCAGCUGGCCCUGCUGGCUGUCUACACGAAAAGGAAGUUGGAUGCAGUGUAUUACUACAUGCGUAGCCUGGCUGCCUCCAACCCCAUCCUCACUGCCAAGGAGAGCCUUAUGAGUCUGUUUGAAGAGGCCAAACGCAAGGCGGACCAGAUGGAGCGAAGGAGGAAGCAGGAGUGGGAGGGGGGGUCCAGGGGCCCGGGGAUCCGAGGAGGAGGAGGACGGGGGGAGGAGGGGUCCAGGGUGGAGAUCUGGGUUCACCCUAUCGCCCAGGCAGGGGCUCAGUCGUCACACCGCGGGGGCAGCGAGUCCAGCAGAGACUCUGAACAGGAAGGAGAGCUGGGCAACCUCAGCGCUAGUGAUCUCAAUAAGAGGUUCAUACUCAGCUUCCUCCACGCUCACGGAAAACUCUUCACUAAAGUGGGUAUGGAGUCUUUCCCGGCGGUGGCCAGUCGUGUUCUCCAGGAGUUCCGAGCGCUGCUCCAACACAGCCCCUCCCCCCUGGGCAGCACGCGCAUGUUACAGAUCAUCACCAUUAACAUGUUCACUAUACACAACGCUCAGAGCAGAGGGGGAGAUGGUGAGGUGAGGUCUGUGUUACAGGAGCAGACAACAGCUCUGGGUCUGGCCAUGUUCUCUCUACUGGUCCAACGCUGCACAGAGCUGCUGAGAGACACACCCGCAGAGCCCUUCCCGGAGGAGGAGAGAGAACAGGGGGAUGAGGAGGAGGGGAUGGUGAGAGUUUCUGCCUUCCCAUUGGACCUGAGGGAGCUGCUGCCCAGCGUCAAGGUCUGGUCUGAUUGGAUGCUUGGACACCCCAACCAAUGGAAUCCUCCGCCUUGUAGUAUAGACUGUAGCCCGGAUGUGUGGCGUAGCCUGGCAGACCUGUGUAAUGCGUUGGCACGUGUCGACCACGGCGAGGCGCCGCUGUACAAGGCAGACGGGGACGGAGGGGAAGGGGACGAGGAGCUCCGCCUGCUGCUGUUGGAGGAGGACAGGCUAUUGGCCGGCUUCGUCCCGCUGCUCGCCGCCCCGCAGGAACCCUGCUACAUAGACUGCACCGGGGAUACCGUGAUAGCCGCUGACUGUAAAAGGGUAACGGUGUUGAAGUAUUUCCUGGAGGCUCUGUGUGGACAGGAAGAGCCUCUCCUGGCCUUUAAAGGAGGGAAGUAUGUCUCCAUGGCAACCUCUCCCCGCCCCGGCGACGCACGCAGCAGACAGGACUCACAGACCGAGAGAGAGAGUGAUGACGUCAUCGUGGAGGCAGAGUCGUCCGUGUCGGACGGGGACGGUGAUGAUGGCAGUGAGGAUGACAUCCGAGAGCUCCGGGCCCGACGCAGCGCCCUCACCAACGAACUGGCUCAGCAGCAGAGACGCAGGGAAAAGAUACAGGCGGUGUUACAGACGUGUGGUCAGUUGGAGUUAGAGGUGCGUCCUCUUUUCCUGGUCCCCGACACCAACGGUUUCAUCGACCACCUUACGGGCCUCAAGACACUGCUGCAUUCUGGGACUUACAUUGUGGUGGUGCCCCUCAUAGUGAUAACAGAGUUGGAUGGUUUGGCAAAGGGCCAGGAGAGCUGCGAUGGCACCGUCGGUGGGCGUGGUGGCAGUGGUUCUCGUGGAAACCCUGGUGGUGGGGGUGCGGCCCACGCCCGGGCUGUCCAGGAGAAGGCUAAGGUUGCCGUGGCGUUUCUGGAGCGAGGGUUCGAGGCCAGGGAGCCCUGUCUCAGAGCGCUGACCAGCAGAGGAAGUCAACUGGAGUCUAUCGCCUUCCGGAGCGAAGACACCUCCGGACAACAGGGGAACAAUGAUGAUGUCAUCUUGUCCUGCUGUCUCCACUACUGCAAAGAUGAGGCUAAGAACUUCAUGCCUGCACAAAGAGACGGUCCGGUGCGCUUGCGUCGGGAGGUGGUUCUCCUAACAGAUGACCGUAACCUGCGAGUCAAAGCCCUGACCAGGAAUGUGCCGGUCAGGGACAUCCCCUCCUUCCUCACCUGGGCCAAAGUGGGCUGAACCGGGUCACACCUUAGACCACGCCCAGAGCACCCAUACAACCAAUCAACUGCUGAGAACCGCUGGCCACCUCUCACACCACCUUGGAGUGGAGAAGGAGAAUAUACGCUAACGCAGAAGAGAAGACUGAUGGAGAGAAGACUGAUGGAGAGAGAGAGAAGGAGAAGAAACUCAUUUUUUCGUGGAAAACCUCAAAUGAAAACUAAAAAGGUUUUUUUUUGAGGGUGGAAUGAGUUUAAUUGGCUGAGAUCUUUUUCUCCUCAUUGUGGUGAGGGGUGUGUUAAUUACCUCUCAGAGGGAGGAGAGGAGCAGAGAGAGUUUUAAGAGAUGCAGGAAGGCUGGACCAAGAGGAACGGUAGAGGAGAGUGAGAGGAGAGGAGGGAGGUGUGUGUGUGUGUGUUAAUAUCUGGUUCCUCCAGUCCAGCCGUGCGUCGUUCAUAACUUCUGCAGCGUGUUCACAAGGCCAGCGGCAGCAUUUACCUCUGUGGAAACCACAGAGCAGAGAGGGAUAGGUCAGGGCUGGGAGGAGCAAGGCCUGACUGACUGAAGACUGUUAUCUCUGGCUGUGUGAGGGUCUGUUUGACUGACAGCUGUCUGUAACCCCAGAGCAGGGAGAGCAGGGAGGGGGGCUGUAGUGAUGGGUUACCAGGUUCUGGUAUAUUAGAUAGGGGAUUGGUACCCCACCUUAAUCCCCUUGACCCGGAGUCACACGCUCAGCCUCUGGUGACCCGGAAGUGAUCUGUUUCAUUUCCUGUUGACCCAGGAAGUGGUUUGAAUCCCAGUUGGCCGGUAACACUGUUGGUGAUGUUUCCCCCAGCAGCUUGAUGGUGACAGAGUAAUUUCCAAGUUGGGGGUUCUAUAAAGGAACGGCUUUAAAAAAUUUAAAAAAACAAAGAAAAUAUACUUUUUCUGAUUUAGAGUUGUGGUGUUGUUGGCUGGUGUAUCCAGUGUGUGUGCGUGCUUGUUUAUGCUCUACAGAAGAGCUUGUCUGUCUGCUGACGUUUUCAAUCACAUACCCUUUUGGUUUGUUUAAGCUUUAAAAAAAAGUCAAAUAAGAUUGGAUGUCAGUUUUAGUUCUUCAUAUAUUUUGUUUGUUUCCCUUUGUUUUUACCACCACCUGUGGGUAACUCAUCAGUUUGUUCAGCUUCUAUUAAUUAUCUAUCUAUUUUCUUCACAUUGAGUACAGAGCUCUCUGCUGAUCUGAGUGAACAUAUCUAGGCUGGCUAGAUAGGUUCAGUAACGGUUGUGUGUGCGUGCAUGCGCAACAGGGUACAGUAACAAUGGAAUGUGUGUGUGUGAGCAUCAGGAUUUUCCGUUAACCGGUAAUUGGCGGCUUUUGCCCCACUCCCUAAAACAAAAGGUACGGCAAUAAAUAUCAUUUGCCUCAGCCAAAUUGUCCAGAAGAACCCCAUUGCAAAAUAAUGCUUUUUUUUUUCUCCAUUGAUGGAAAUGCAUUUGCCCGGUCAUGCUUAUCGGCCAAAAAAAACACAAAACAUUUGCAUAAUUUAGUGGAAUUAAAUUGGCACGUGUAUUUUCGUUAAUCGUCAUUUGUGGUAUUUAUCACACGCCGCAGCAUACAGAGACUAUGAACUGAAUAUCACCAGAGCUGCUGCUGAGAGCCUGCUUCAGCUCGUUGCUGGACUUUUACUAUUCUAAAUGCAAGACCUACUAUUUUUAUUUCUCAACUGGUAUGCCUUAUUGAAGCGCGCCUCCAAUUCGAGUACGGUAGGCAGGCUAUCAGCGCGUCACCAACCACUUCACAAUGUGAGCUGGAGGCAAUUUGAAAACAGAAAAGUAUUCACACCCCUUGACUUUUUCCACAUUUUGUUGUUAC